GCCUGUUAAGAGAAAGGCAGUGACGAUAAAAAGAGUGGGUGUUAUCUUGUAGGAGGGUAGCGCUGUGUGAUGACGAGACCGAAGCGCUAUGGCGGAUAACUGCACUUUGUUUGCCUCCCAACCCUCCACCAGCUCGCAAUGCGUGACGAUUAACACAGUGAAGAGGAUAACAUCAGCAUUCUCACUAGUUGGAUGUUUUUGUAUGCUUGUACUCAUCUGGUUGUUUAGAAAAUACAACUCCCUGGGGCAGAAAAUGAUACUUAGUCUGACUGUUGCUGCUUUAUUUGACAGCAUUGCUUAUGUUAUGGGAGAGGUAAUACCUGAUGGUGCUCUGUGCAAUUUUCAAGCAUGGUGGCUCACAUACUUUGACUGGUGUGCCCUGGCUUGGGUCUGCUGCAUUACAUUGAACCUGUACCUGAAUGUAGUAAAGGAGAUGAGGACAGAUCGAUAUGGGCUAAUAUACCAUGUUACAGCUUGGGGAGUGCCAUUUAUUCUCUCCUGUCUGCCUCUCUUUGGUGAUUACUAUGGACCAGCUGGAGCAUGGUGCUGGAUUACUGAUGAGCAUGUUGCCUGGAGAUUUGUCAUAUGGUACAUUCCAUUGUUCAGCCUGAUAUUCCUGAUGAUGCUGUGUUACCUCCGGAUAAUCUAUGUGGCAAGGCAGAGGGUAAUCACAUGGUCUGGAACUUAUGACCCAGGAAGGGAAAGGACCAAGAUUUUAAUGGCUGAAGAAAUUAAACCUCUAAAAUGGUAUCCAUGUGUGUAUCUUGCUGUAUCUUUGUUUCCUCUUCUUAACAGAAUUCACAAUGCCUUCUACCCAAGUCAGCCCCUGUUUACUUUAACAUUACUACACGUAAUGAGUGCGCCUCUUCAUGGACUAGCAAACGCAAUUGUCUUUGGAUUAGACAAGGAAACUUGGAGUCAGCUGACAGUCGCAUCCUUAAGAGUGGCUCUCCAGUCUAGACUCUGUGACAGCACAAAGAUCAAGGAAUAUCAUCCCGUCAAUGUGCGCUAUAUGAAUCGCAUAGAUGAAGUAGAUUCAGAUUCCGGCGACGAUACCACAGUAUUAUUCUCCAUGCCAUCCAUGACAUUAAGGGACAAAGGACCCUGACCAUUUCUGUUUGAAUGAAACCAAAGGCUAAAAGAAUGCACCCGUCCCCACUGAAUAUGCACUGCUUGAAAGAAAAGACGGAAGGCAAAAGACAACCUUGGAAUGCCUGAUUAAGGAGCUGUCAUCCUCCAUUAUUAAUACUAGCUUGUAAAUAUUUAAUGCUGUAGAACCGGAGCUCCUGACUGCAACACAGCCACAGGACUCACUGGGGUCAUACCAACUGCAAAUCUCAGGACAAAACAUUUGGUGGCCUUACCUACCUGGAAAUGCUGAGAGGUGCAUGCCCAGCAUUUUGUCUUCUAACAAUCCUAAGGAUAUGCAUGUCUCUCGAGGUUAAUGAACAAAAAGAAUCCUGCACGUUACACAAAAACACACACACAAAUCUUAUAAAUAUUCUCCUGUGGGAUUUACUCGGACUGCAUAAACAAGGCCGACUUCUUCUUCGAGCUUCCCUAUAUCUGAAAGUAUUUAUUUUUGUGUCCUUGGU